CGUGCCCGCCCGCGGAGCGCGCACCGGCUGCGUGGUCCCGCGAGGGGAAGGCGGCCAACGGCUGCGGCGCGGACAUGGAGUCGGAUCCCACGACCUCCGAGCCCGAGGCCGAGGUCGGGAGUGACAGCUCGCCAGCGGAGCAGGCUGUCCUAGCCACCCUCCCGGACUCGGCGGCCGCGCCCGCCAGGGGCCUCAUGUCCCCCGUGCGCUCGGUAGUGGCCUCCCCGCGGCCCGUGAAGGGCAAGGCGGCCCGGCGACGGCUCCAGCUCCCGCCGGUCACUCAGGCCGAGACAGGUGACGAGGAGCCCGUGCCCGCGGUGCCUGAGGACCAGGAGGAGGCGCAGCCCCUGCCGCCCAUCUGCGCAUCCCCCAUGAGGGGCAUGUGGCGCAACGAGAAGGUGGCUUUGUACUGCGACCAGGUGCUGCAGGGCUCGAAGGCAGAAGAUGCAGAUGAAGCUAUGAGUGAAUACCUGUCAGAGAAGCUGAGAGUGAAGGACAGAUGGCUAGGAGUCUGGAAGAGUAACCCGGAACUCUUCUUUGAGAAAUACGAAGAGGCGUCCAUCCCUUUUGUUGGGAUCCUAGUGGAGGUGACGUGUAAACCACGCCAGAACUUGUCAUCUUGUUUCAAAGUGACAGUUUCUGUGGCUGAGCCCUUUUCUUCUAACAUUGCAAACAUCCCGAGGGACUUGGUGGACGAGGUUCUGGGCGAGCUAGAGUACAGUGUGCCUCUCCUGGAAGUGUACCCUGUGGAAGGGCAGGAUGCAGAUGUCCGAGACAUUGCUCUGGCCCUGGAAGUUGUAAGGUUUUUUUAUGAUUUUCUUUGGAGAGACUGGGAUGAUGAAGAAAAUUGUGAGAAUUAUACUGCCCUUAUUGAAGAAAGAAUUAAUCUGUGGUGUGAUAUACAGGACGGGACAAUCCCUGGCCCCAUCGCGCAACGCUUCAAGAAAACGCUGGAGAAAUACAAAAACAAACGUGUUGAGCUCAUCGAGUACCAGAGCAACAUUAAAGAAGACCCGUCUGCGGCUGAGGCUGUCGAGUGCUGGAAGAAGUACUAUGAGAUAGUGAUGCUCUGUGGGCUGUUGAAGAUGUGGGAAGACUUGAGGCUGAGAGUUCACGGACCUUUCUUUCCAAGGAUUCUGAGACGUAGAAAAGGGAAGAGAGACUUUGGGAAGUCUAUAACCCACAUCGUAGCCAAAGUGAUGACCACCGACAUGGUAAAGAACUUGUCUUCGGACACCCUUCUCCAGCAGCAUGAUGAUCUGAACCUGGCUUUAGACAGCUGCUAUAGUGGAGAUGUAGUAGUCAUUUUCCCAGGAGAAUAUCAAGCUUCAAACCUCGCCUUGCUGACUGAUGACAUCACAAUAAAGGGAGUUGGAAAGAGAGAAGAAAUUAUGAUUACUUCUGAACCUUCGCAUGACAGUUUUGUGGUAUCCAAAGCUGAUAAUGUGAAGCUAAUGCAGCUUUCUUUGAUACAACAAGGGACAGUUGAUGGCAUUGUGGUGGUAGAGUCUGGUCACCUGACUCUUGAAAACUGCUUGCUAAAGUGUGAAGGGACAGGAGUGUGCGUUCUCACAGGGGCUUCACUGACGAUCACAAACAGUGAAAUAACUGGUGCCCAGGGUGCUGGUGUUGAACUAUAUCCUGGGAGCAUAGCCAUCUUGGAAGGGAAUGAGAUUCAUCACUGUAAUAACCUCAGAACCAGUGACAGCUCAAAAAGCACCUUAGGUGGUGUUAGCAUGAAGGUUCUUCCAGCACCCAAACUGAAGAUGACUAACAAUCAUAUCUACAACAACAGUGGCUAUGGAGUGAGCAUUCUUCAGCCAUCGGAACAGUUCUUUAUUGUAGCAGAAGCAGCUCUCAACAAAGGGGCUGCUUCAGGAGAUAAGAAAGAUGACAAAAUGCUCUCCAAAGUCAUGCAAACUCUGAAUGUGGAAAUGAACAACAACAGGAUAGAAGCCAACUUAAAGGGGGACAUUAGGAUAGUCACUGGAUAAUGCAUCUGGACAGGUGUUCGUAUUUUGAUAAAUAAUUCUUGUAUUUCAGAAAUUGUAGUUUUAAAUUCAAAGAUUAAAAUGUUUAAAUGCUUUCAUU